AUGGAACCUCCAUCCUCGCCCUCCUCUACCAUCACUGCCCCACCUGACUACCAUGACACCUCUCGGAGGUUAGGCAAACUAAUUGCGGAGGCUAUAACCUGCCGCUUCGCCCUCCUACACUACGACAGCACCUCGAAGUCCAUGAUUGAAUGGUAUUGGCCUGCAGACGGUGAUGGAAAGAGAAUUCUGCCACCCGAUCUAGAAAGGUACCCUUGCUGCCUAUGCGCGGAUGGCGGUGGAAGAAAGGCGUAUGUAGAGGCGGCAGUGUACUCUUGGUGGAAUAAGAUUGACAAGAAUACCGACUGGAUUGCGAGAUGCACAUUAGAUAUAUGCGGAUACCGAGAUGUCGUCUUUGGCCACCUUCCAGUACCCUCAAAGAGCACCACAGCUUCAUUGAUGGAUGAUGAAGAACACCCGGUCUUGCCUAUUGAAUUUGUGUGGAACUACAGAGAACAAACAGAAUUGCUGAACAAGCUUGACUCUUCGGACGGCGAUGGGAUUCCAGAGAGGAAAUUCCGUAUUCUCUUCAAACGCUGCAAAAAAUGCAAGAGAGUAGGAGUCAGGCCAGUGAUCAACCACCAUAUCUGUUCGGGGGGAGUGCAAAAGCACCGUCGUAAUCGCUUGAUGCAGUAG